AUACCCAAGAUACGAGAUCGCUACGCUUCAUACAGCCAAACCAUACCGCUAGCGCCAAUGGUAUUAAUAUUCUAGACGGGCCACCAUACUCUGCAGGCUCCAAUAUACCCUCGCGUAAUUGAUUGAUAGCUCGUUGUCAACCUAAUCCCGACCGCAAUGAGGACAUGGAUACAUUGCGGAUUCAGCAUCCAAUUUCCCCUCGCAGCCAACUCUCAUGCUCCGUGCCAGGUCGCUAUCGUUCGCGGACUGCCCGUAACACCUGCCGAAACGUAUACGGUUGUUCACAUGGUCCGAAAUCCCAAAAAGCAACCCUGUGCAGCCAGGCUCCUUGAAGGCCUUCAGAGUACAGUCACCAGAACCUCCAGUCUUCACUCGGCAGCCCUGUGCUGGACCCAGUCACAGCGAAACUCUGUGAAUGGAGGGUAGAUGCCGCAUUCAUUAUGCCGCAAGACUGUUACCGCGCUGUUCCCGGAGCUGCAGUCAAGCGUUUCUCACCUUUCCAAGCCGACAUCGAGAGUCCACAGGCCUACAGGAUGCAUGACAUACGCCCACAAGCCCACGUCGUAAAAGUCCCAUCCAAAAGAAUCCCAUUUGGUGACGAUGGGGUAUAGCCAUGCACCCAAGCCCGCCGAUACACCGAUAACAAUCAGUUUCCGAGCAACUACUCAUCCUUCGCCCCUAACAUAUGUAAUGUUCUGAAGCAUUGAGACGUGAUAUGCCUCCUAAGCGUCUUCCUCGUUUUCUUCUUCCUGACGGCGGCUAGCGUCGGUGUAGCGCAGACGGAGUUCGGCUCAGUGCUGAACCGAACUUUCUUCGUACCUGCAGACGGUCAGAGAAAU